AUGUCGAAUAAAAUUCUUGAACAACAACGUUUUAAUUAUGAACUUCUAUUUACAUUGGAAGGCUUCAAAAAUACAUCUUGGUUUUUAUCAUGUUAUCAAUUUCUUAUUUAUGGUGUUCUUUCAUUUAUUCAAAUUGGUUUUGCUGGAUUAAGUCAACGAAGAGCAAGUUAUCGAUCUUAUCUAAUUCUUCCCAUACUCACUGUAGCUGCAAUGGGUUUAUCAACUCAUUCAGUUGGUUAUUUGAAUUAUCCUACGCAACUUAUGUUUAAAUGUUGCAAAUUAAUACCGGUACUUAUUGGUGGCAUUGUUAUUCAAAAAAAAAAAUUUAAUCGUUAUGAUGUUGCUGCUACUUUUUGUAUGUCGAUUGGAUUAAUAUUUUUUACUUUAGCUGAUUCAAAAGUUCGACCAAAUUUUAAUGCAUACGGUGUAAUUGUUGUUUGUUUGGCUCUUGUUGCUGAUGCAAUUAUUGGUAAUUAUCAAGAAAAAAUUAUGAAAAUAUAUCAUGUAUCAAAUGUCGAAAUAGUAUUUUAUAGUUUUAUGUUUGGUUUUCUCAUCAUUUUGUUUGGCUUGUUAGUAACAAAUAAUUUCUUUUCAAGUAUCGCUUUUUGGAAUAAGCAUCCUCUUCGAACGUAUGGUUAUGGUUUACUGUUUUCCAUCUUUGGUUAUUUGGGUAUCGAUAUCGUUUUAAGUAUGAUUAAAGAAUAUGGUGCAUUAGUCUGUGUUACUGUGACAACAUGUCGAAAAGCUAUAACAAUUGUAUUAUCAUUUACACUUUUUUCAAAACCAUUUGUUUUCGAUUAUGUUUGGUCCGGUUUAAUUGUUGUUCUUGGUAUCUAUCUCAACGUUUAUAGUCGAAAUCAAGCAGCAUUUAAUGCUAAAAUAGCAUCGUAUACUAAUAGACUAUUAAGUUUAUUUCGAUAG